CGCUGGGCGUGGGGCCUCUGUGGUGGUCCUGAUGUGCCCCAUGCCGCAUUGUCUGUAUCCACAGUCAACACAGAGAGCCGCGGCGUGGGGAUCAAGCAGAGUCAGCUCUCUGUGAGCUCCCACAUUGUGCAAGAGGAUGAAUUAUUGAAAGCUGUGAAAAGCAACGAACCAUUGCGUCUAACGUUCACUCUCCACUUGACUGAAAGCACAUCCGUCGAGUGGGAGACCGUAGCAUGGCGCCGCUGUCUAUACAUUCGUGUACCGAGCUGCCUUCUGCCCGAAGGGUCAAAAGAGGGCUUUGUAUCGCUGCUAGAAUACGCCGAGGAAACACUGCGCUGCACCAAUAUCAUUGUUUGCCUCCGCAAAGAUAGAUCAGACCGAGCAAUGCUGGUUCGUACCUUCAUGUUCUUGGGUUUCACGGUCCUGCCGCCAAAUCAUGCUUUGGUACCGCCAGGCAGUGACGCCGGCAAUCUCUACAUGCUCUAUGCCAUCGAGUAAUCGGCAAGCAGCUCGGCCCUCUCAAAUUUAACGCGCAGGUACCAAGCAAGUAAAGUAAAAAUUCUGGACGGAAAACGAUUGGAGAAUUCUAAAACUCAUUUUUUGUUUGUUUCAUAUACUUAAAAUUUUUUGUUGUACAUAUAAUUAACAUUUUUGUUAGUUUCAAAUUUAAAAAUUUGAAAUUUUUAUGAGGAUUUGUCGAACAUCAAACACAGAUUUGCUGAUCGAACAAAAGAACAGAAAAAAAUGAUGGCGGAGAGAAAACCUUUAGCGUUAAAUUUAAGAGGUUUGACGGAGAAGCAGAGAAAAAAAAAACACAUAGUCGCGAAUACGUAGAAUGCGUAUAUAAAAGGCUUUCGAUGGGUAUAUCGAUUCAUUCUCUUGAACACAAUGUUAAUAACUCUUAUAAGAGUAUAUAAAUUGCUGACAAAGAUUCCCACGUGAAGGAAUUUGGCAGAAUUUGGAUCCGCGCUUGAACAACUGUAUGUGGUGACAAAACUGUCAAAUUUUAGAGAAAAUUUUAUUAUCGAUAUAUCUCGAUGUUAAUUGUGGCAGAUUGGGUAUCACCACUUUACUCUUCGUAAUAUAUUUCUUAUUAUUUAUAAGUAUUAUCAACAUGUGUAAUCUAGGUUGUAAUAUCUGUUGUGCUAGUGUCGGUAAGUUCAUUCUCAUCGAAUUUUGACUACUGUUCAUUUUAAAAUUGAAAGAUUAAUAGACUGGCAUUCUUUAUGAAGAUGUCAUAAUUCUUUAUUUUCAUUCAUAGUUUCGUGCAUAGUUCAGUGAAUUUGUUUAUGCGUUAGAAAAUAACAAAAGUAUAAACUAAAGAAGAAAAGAAAGUUUUAUCCACUGCACUUUCGUAGAGUGUAAAUCCAUAAAAGAUUUUUAUUUUUUGCGAAAUAUUGGAUAAAAUAUUUUCUAAUUUAGGCCGUUACUUAUGCCAUUGUACGGAUAGCAGAACUUCAUGAAUUUGGAAUUCAAAUUAGAAACAUCACACAAACAUUUAUAUUAUAUUAUAUUAAUAAUCGGAAAUGAAGAAUGAUAUGACACGCACAUAUAUUUUCCUAAAGAUAUUCAAAACUGGAAGGUACAGGAUUAUUAACUUUACUUAUCGUUAUAUAAGUUCUACUAUCUUAUUAAAUAUUUUUGUAGGUUUUUAGGUAUUAGUGAUAGUACAUCUGGUAAUUCCCAAUCAGUUAACAUUAGAGAAAUCUUGCUAAUAAAUGCAUUCUUUAGUGUUGACUUGAUAACAGACAUGAAAAAUAUAAAAAUACAAAAAAAGUGAAAAAUAUCUAAAAAAGAAUAAAAAAAUGUUAUUAGCUUAUUAGAAACAUACGUAGAGAUAAGUACAGAAUGACGGAUUAUUGUAUGUUAACUUCACGCAAAUAAUUAUCGACUUGCCUCAAGUUUUUAAACUGAUAAACAAUUCCGUGCGUUUUACCCCGUCAGUUAGUAUUAUAUAUUCGUACCCUGACCACACACAUACACACACAUGAAAAAAGUGAAUAUGUAUGCUAAGUUUCUUAUUCAUACAUGAAAACAUAAUUGCUAUAAAUAAACAUUUAAUAAAACCCUC